GCCGGGAGCCAACCGGCCGAACCGGGCUGGGAACGCCUCGGAGCCUUAAGGAGGGGGCGGGCCCAGGAGGCGGUGGCCCCAGGAGCGGUUGCCGCGGGCACCGGGUGGUGACGCGGCCCGAGGGCGGAAGUGAGAAAGUUGCCAGCGUCCCGAGACAAGUUGGCGGAGCUGUGUGAGAGCGGCAGCGAUGGGAGGUUCGGGCAGUCGCCUGUCCAAGGAGCUGCUGGCCGAGUACCAGGACUUGACGUUCCUGACCAAACAGGAGAUCCUUCUAGCCCACAGACGGUUCUGUGAGCUGCUUCCCCAGGAGCACCGGAGUGUGGAGGAGUCACUGCAGGCUCGAGUGUCCUUGGAGCAGAUUCUCAGCCUUCCAGAGCUCAAGGCCAACCCCUUCAAGGAGCGAAUCUGCAAGGUCUUCUCCACUUCCCCAAGCAGAGACAGCCUGAGCUUCGAGGACUUCUUGGACCUCCUCAGUGUGUUCAGUGACACAGCCACUCCAGACAUCAAGUCCCACUAUGCCUUCCGCAUCUUCGACUUUGAUGAUGAUGGAACCUUGAACAGAGAAGACCUGAGCCAGCUCGUGAACUGCCUCACGGGAGAGAGCGAAGACACACGGCUCAGUGCUUCAGAGAUGAAGCAGCUCAUCGACAACGUGAGCAGGAGGGGCGGGUGGGCUUGGCCGGGGAGCAGGCGGGAAGGCUUGGGGUUUGGCCUUGAAGCUUCCGCUUUCCAGAUCCUAGAAGAGUCCGACAUUGAUAGGGAUGGGACCAUCAACCUCUCCGAGUUUCAGCAUGUCAUCUCCCGCUCACCAGAUUUUGCCAGUUCCUUUAAGAUUGUCCUGUGACGGGAGCCACAGCAUGUGUAGCAGCACCCUGUUGAAGAAUGUCCACUGCUGAGCUGUGGUCACGGUCACCCCCCGUGUUGUCAGCGCCGGCCAAGCUGGCCCAGCCUGGAGCUGGCACUGCGCAGUCUUGCCCGGGGCUGUGGAGGGCCCUCCAUGUCAGGGCCUUUCCCCUUCUCACUGUCGUUGCUCUAUUUGUGUUUCUACUAAUCAGUAAUAAAGGUUUAGAAGUUUUGA